UCUCCAGAUUCAUAGUCCAACACUCAAACCACUAGCCAUCCUGGCUUUGCUUCACACUAACUUCAUGAUAUUCAUGUUUUUGCUUCCCUCCGAGGCUGAGAGAGUGUGACUUGCCUAAGGUUACCCAGUGGGUCCCCAUGGCUGAUUCGAUCCUUGGUCUACAGAGUCGUAGCUUGACACUCAAAGCACUACACCAGGCUGGCUCUCAGUUUAUAUAUAUAUAGAUAUAGAUAGAUAGAUACACACACACACACACCCUCUGUCUGGCCAAUGGACUUUGUACCCACAAAGUCCACGUUCCAGAUAAAGAGGUGCAUCUACAUCUAAAGCUGAGAGCCAUCCUAGUGUAGUAGUGCUUGGAGUAUCAAGCUAGGACUCUGUUAUCCAGAUUCCAAGGUGAGGGAUCCCCCUCGCUGUCUCUUGAACCCACUCCAGUGUGGCUCAUCCACCCCAACAAAACCCAUCAUGGGGCGGGACCCUUUCGCUUGCAGGCCUUUUUACUCAGCCUGGAGUUCAUGAAGUUCCUGGCCGUGUGCAUUGAGCCUGGGAGACUCCUUUCCUUGGACAACAACAACCCCAGUUGUGACGGAUGGAUGACAGUGCUAGGGAGUGUGGGGCUUUGGCAGGAAGGUGCCUGGAAGAGAAGCUGGAAGCAUGAGCUGUAGACCUGAGUUGACAUUGUGGACAUCUAUGAAUCCAUACGCGAACGACAGCGUCAUGACAGUGAAAGGUCUACUUGUAGCACCUUGGAGCAGAAUGACAUAGAAGCAGUUGAGGCGCUUGUUUGUAUGAGUUCCUGGGGUCAAAGAUCACAGAAAAAUGAUCUGCUAAAGAUAAGACCUCUUACACCUGUCUCAGACUCUGGUGAUUUUGCAAUGCACACUGAACCCACAUCUGAUUUACCCAAGGAUUAUAACUUCUUAUCUACACUGUGUAUGACACCGCCAUAUAGUCCAGAUUUUGUCGAGCCUUCCACAACAGCACCUCUCACAUCGCAAGCCACUUAUUCAAAAUCUAGGACAGUGAAGACAAACUUGUCUGCCUGCCUAGUCACUCCUCCAGGUUGUGCUGUUGCUGCAGCCUAUCCAUCUGCUCCGAUCAUGGAGGUGCCAUCCAGCCAGAAGCCAGCCAGAUCUGAGCAACCUGUUCCUCCGCUUUGUAGAGCCAUGGCAACAAGCGUGAUCCGUCACACAGGUGACAGUUCUAGUUACUCCCGCAUUCCUGGUGUGCAAGUGAAAGCAGAAAUGGUAUCGGGCAGCAACACUUCUACAGAUCUCCGCCACCACCGUGAAACAGCGCCAGAGGAGCAACAUUCCAAAGUGUCACAGGACUGCCAGACUGCAGAUAGCUUAGCCUGUGAUCCUUCCCCAGUACACGAGGCCUACUUGCACAACUCAGGUUGUUCUAGGGUUGCCAGUAAGGAACUGCAGAGGCUCACUUCAGAGCAGACACCCUUUCCAAAGAAUGGCAGUGAUAAUGAUUUGCUGCAAAAGACCCCUCCACUUUUACCCACUCCCCUUUCAAGCCCACCAGUGCUCUGCCAAAUGAUUCCCUUGGAAGGACAGAGAGGUAUGGUCCCUGCCUUUCUAAAACCCUCUCCUCAGACUGCAACAACUGUCAAACCCAUCUUACCCCACACAGCUCCAGUUCCCCAGCCGGUUCUGGUGGGACCUUCCAUGCCUCAGGGGACUGUUAUGUUUGUUCUUCCGCAGGCUACUGUUGCCCAGGCACCGUCAUGCCAACAAACAGUGAUGUCUGUUGGGAAUACGAAGCUGUUGCCUCUAGCCCCUGCUCCUGUUUUCAUUGCCUCGGGUCAAAGCAGUGCACCUUUAGUGGACUUUUCCCGGAGGAGGAAUUAUGUUUGCAAUUUUCCAGGCUGCAGGAAAACCUAUUUUAAAAGCUCUCACCUGAAAGCUCACCUACGUACACAUACUGGAGAAAAACCUUUCACCUGUAGCUGGGAAGGUUGUGAUAAAAAGUUUGCCCGCUCCGAUGAACUUUCUCGUCACCGCAGAACUCACACAGGGGAGAAGAAAUUUGCAUGUCCAGUCUGUGACCGUCGUUUCAUGCGUAGCGAUCACCUGACAAAACAUGCUCGGCGUCACAUGACCACAAAGAAGGUGCCCAGCUGGCAGGCAGAAGUGGGUAAACUGAACAGAAUUGCCACUGUGGAAAAGCCCAGAAGUGAGAGUGCUUUGAGCAUGCUUCUACCUAUGUUGUCUUCUGGCUAACAGGCCUUUGUGUGAAAAAUGGACAUUUCAAGAAGAAUUUGGGUGGUUCCAAAAAUACAGCUUGGACUAAUUUUUCUCUUCUUUUUGUUAAUCCCUUGAGUUAUGCUUUUAUAUUGGGAAGGGGGAAAACAUGUAAAAGUCUUCUGACCUAUGCCGUUUCUCCCUAGUCCCCUUUUAUUUCAAGCCCUAUUUAACCAUUAAGUUCCACUCUGUCAUAUUCUCCCUGUCUCAGCAUUCUGAGGCAUUCACCAGCACUUUAGAAAAAUAAACAUUGGAGCUUGAGGGCAGUGAGGUUGGGUGUUGGCACUGGGUUGUUUCUGAAACCACAUUUUCUCUUGAGUAACAGUACCUGAUAGGAAGUGAAACAGCAUGUCCUCCUGCCUCCCCUCCAAUUUUUAUAAUAGUUUUUCCGCACAUUUUGUAUUUGUUCAGCUGCAGCCUGAUCUUACAGUUUCCUUUUGAGAGGAAUGGUAAUCGGAGCAAUCCUUUGGAAGCUCUUUUUGUUGAAAACUAUCCAAACUGGUUAAUGGUAUCUAGAACUUGGAAGUUCCCAAAGACUAUUAGGUUCUGUGCUUCAGUCUAACUUGAACUAGGUAAGAGUGCUAUAACUGGCCAUUAACUCUGGAAAAACCAGUUUAGAAAAACCAGUACUUGGACAUGCUAAUGUAGGAGCAAAGUGUUUUUUUGCCGUUCCAGAGAUUAGGACAUGGAGCAAUGGAUUCAAGCUACAGGAAAAGAGAUUCUACCUAUACAUUAGGAAGAACACACUGCCUCAGAGAGUGGUGGAGUCUCCUUCUAUGGAGUUUUUUAAACACAGGCUGGAUGGCCAUCUGUCAUUGGGAAGUGCUUUGAUUGUGUGUUCUUGUAUGACAGGGGGUUGUGGUCUCUUCCAACUCUAUGAUUCUAUGAUUCUAAUGUGUUAGUGAAAGGAAAUCAAUCAGUUGACAUCAAACCAUACCUAUUGGCCAAGAUUUUAUAUUGUUUACUUAGCUCUGAAUGCAUAACUAAAAAAGUCUUUUCACCCAACCCACCAAAACUACCAUUAACAGCCAGUAGCCACACUGAGCAAUGGAGGUCUGUUCUGGCAAUUGAGAACACAGCAAGAUGAUACAGCCCCCUCCUGCCAUAAAGUGAAACUUUACUGUGUUUUUGGCUUCCACGGAAGACUGAAGUACACCCUUAGAUCUAUCUUUUGCAUUGACUAGGAAAUGAGGCUUUAACUUUGGUUAGAUUACGACCUUGAUUUGUUAGGUUAGGGACGUUUAAAGGAAACACUCGACCAUACUGAACUAUCAUGUUUAUCUAAAAUAAAGGAUUUGUGGUCAAAGUUGAAAAUGCACUGCUCUCAUCUUUUUUUUUACCAUCUGAACAAGUACUUGGAGACUUCUUAGCAUUGAAGUAUAACUGAAAGAGUUCCAACUUGAAGGUCUGAUGGAGGAUGAGCAAUGCAAAACAGGUUGUUUGUAGCAUGUUCACUGGUUUUGGUUAGUUGUAGCUCCAAAUGAAAUCCACAGUGGUCUACUCACAUAUUAAGAGUCUGCCUCCCUCUCCUCCCUGGCUAGUGUGCUCUUAGGUAUCUGCCAGCUCUCUACAUGCUGGAAAGGUAGCAGCAACAGGAGAAUGCAUCCAGCUGACAGAUGCAGUCCAUUCAAUGGAAGACACUCAUUGGGUACUCAUUGAGAGGAAAUUAUAACACUUGUAGAAUACCACAGAUUAAUUAUGAAUAGUUCCAGGACAGAUGUUGCUGUCUCAAAAUGCCUUUAGAGUUCUACAAUGUUUUAUGAAAACAGUGAUGCUGCUAUUAUGGUAGUCUUCCCUCCCCACUCCCCCCACCCCCGGGACUGGAACAUUUGAUGAGAAAAAUUUGAAAGGCUUGCUAAUUACAGUGUUGCUGUUUCUUGUCUUUCAGAGAGUAUUGAGAGAACUGAAUUAGGGGACACAGGCAAACCACUCCGCUAGCACUUCAGAUGAUGUGCUAAACUUUCCAUGCUUAUAUUUAAUCAAGCUGAGAAAAUUGUUUCGUAUGAUUAUGUGAAAGCAUGUUGUAUAUGUGUGUGGUAUAAUACUGACACUUCUUUAGUAUCUGAAACCAGAUUGACCUCCCAUAACUGCUACAUCAAUUAGAUAUCUUUAUUAUUAAGCUAAGGUUGCAGUAUAGUUACCUUUGUUUGAGGGCAUUUAUCAGAGAUAAAUUUGGGAUUGAAAAUUGCAAGUAGAACCCUUCAAUUUUAUUUUUUAAAAUUUGCAUCAGUCCAGAGCUUGGAAAUGUUGCCCUCUAAAUUCCUGUCAGCAUGACUAGGGAAAUCUGGAAGCUGUAGUCCAGAAAAGUACAUUUUCCAAGCUUUCUGCUGGUGUAUUUUUUUCCCUGAGUAAUGCUGGUGCAGUUCUGGUGCAUAGGGUUGCUGGUGUUUUUACUGGCUGCCUUUGUGCUUCUAGGAAAAAGGAUAAUCUGCAGAAAUUUAAGAGGGGAAGUUUACCUAUCACAUAAUCAGCAUGCUAUGAACUGUUAAUAAAAUGCAGUGUCUACUGGACUGUGCUUAGUGGGAAAGUUGGCAACCUUGUGUGUUUGGCAACACUUUGGGUUGGAGAGCCUUCAGAACUAUUACUGUCACUAUGCUACAGUCUAAGCAUUUGUCUGCCAGUGCAUAUACUGUUAAAUUUAAAGAGAGUAACUCAUGAAAGUUGAGCAUAACAGGUGCAACUAUUUCUUUGUCUUGAAAGAAGAGCAAAUAGAAACAGUUCCCAAUGAGGUGGGAAUCAACCGUUGCCUUGGGCUGAAGGGUAUCUUUCAACUUGGCCUGUAUUCAUAACAUUCACAAUAUUGUAAAUGGGUGUCCUUUGACGUGAGAUAAUGCUAAGCUUGUGACCUAAGAAGCCAAGUGGAUCCUUCACCCGUGUAUUAUGUGAAUUGGGAAUUUCUGGCUCUUCAGAAAUGUGACUUCCAUGACAUCUCAUCAGUGACUAGCUGAUAGAAAUUGCUCAAGAAUAUGUAGGUUUGUGGGGUUUUUUGUUUUGUUUUUGGAGUUUUGGAAUAGGAAGUUUAUUGGGCUCCAAGCAGGAUAUAUCCUGAAUGAUACUUUACUGAGUAACUAUAUAUUGUCCACAAAUAUUUGAAAUGGGCAAAAAGUGGCCCAUGGGAACCCCUUCCAGGCUGUUUUUCUAGCGGCCCAGGAGUCCCACUGUGCAGCUGAAAUGUGCAAAGUGUGCAGCUUGUACCUGCAAACACGGUGUUUGAUCCCCAGACACCUUGCUUGAAGGAAGAAGUGGUAAAAAUGAGCAUCCUCCUCCACAUCAGUGGCAUUGGGUUGGUGGUAGGGGUCCCCAUCUGUUAACAAGCCAUAAUCCAGAUAUAGAAACUGCACGCUCUUAUAUGUGUGUGUUUUCAAUCUACCAUACAUAAUCUUUAUCUGUCAGAGCAAGUGCCAGCUGUAGGAUAGGUAUCCCUCUGAAACAAAUCAAAAGGUGGAAAACAAAGAAUAAAGUUGUUUGUGUGUGUGUGUGUUUAAUGCUCAUCUUGUUCAGUGUUCAGUUUGGAGCUUGUGAGAAGUGGAAAAAAUGCAGUGUGCAUAUGAAACCAAACUACAGCAGUUCCAUUUCUUUGAAACUACUCUUCCCCUUCUGCUUUUCCUAGGUGUCAUUCCACUGACAUUCAUAAAAAGUUGCCUGAAAUCAAAACGUUUCCCUUGUCUGAGAGCCUUUUGAAAAGUUUCCCAGUUUCUAAUCCUGAAUACUAGCUAUCUGAUGUAAGAUUAUGGGAACUUGUUUUAGUGUAGUAAAAUAUUGUGCCUACUAUUUUAUAUGAGUAAACCUUGUUUUGUUCUUCUGUUCAGCAUUUAUUGUGAAACCUCUGUAUUUUUGUGUGUAUAUGCAAAUACUGUUUGUACUUCUUAAAGGGCUGCAUUAUAAUUUCUUCUAGUAAAGUGGAUAUUUGCAUAAA